CCAACCUGAAUCCACCCGCCCACCCACACACCACACACCACACACCACACACCCACCCACCUGCCCACGUUGGCUUCCAUUGCGCUCUCAAAUUCUUUGUGCUGCCCACCUUCCCAUCCUCUUUCCCUUCCCUCCUCUUCCCCCUCCUCCCUCACACAAACAAAUACAAACUCCAUCGCGCGACCUCUUCGCAUCACCUCUCUCUCUUGGCCUUCGCACAUCCUUCUGAUAUUCAGGCGUGGCCAAGGCUGCGCUGCUGAGAUCGAUCUCGUACAACGGUCCUCAGCCAAGCAUUCCUCCCUGCUUUUGCGGUCAAGAGGCGUGGUCUCAGUUAUAUUUGUCAGACAGACAGUCCUCCCUCUGAGCCCUGCGCUACCCUGCAACUGUACAUCAAGUCGCCCAGCCUGCACCGCAGCCUCAACCACACCACGACAACUCCAACACGAACUCAAAACCUCCCGAACAACCUCUUCCGUCACUGAUCAUCGCUCACGAAACACUGCUUCUCGUCUCUCGUCCUUUCUGCUUCGUCGAAGUAAACCUGGAUACCUGCAUACAGAACUAUGUCGUCUAGAUUAUAGCAAUACGGUCCUUAGGGACGACUUUCCAGCAGCGUUUCGACGACCUUGCCCCGCGACGGCAAUUCGACGACAACACAGCAUCGUGUAGACCUGCUACCACUUUCUCGAUCAGUUCCGAUUAUUUUCCAAGUCUCCAGAAGACUCCAAUUAUUUUCACAGCAAUUUCGUACCACAUCGCGAACUUUUCUGUUGCGAGUCGCCACCCGGAUCCGCAACGACAUCACCAACUUUCAACUUUCAACCUUCAACUUUAAUACCGCAUCCGAACGACGACAUUCAGUCGAUUCAACGCGGACACAUCCAUUCCCUUCUUAAUACAUCAGAACACGAAACAGCCCGAAAUGGGGAUACAGGAUUUCUUCACAUGGCGUCCCCAGACGUCUGCCACAUCCCCGUCGUUGGCAGACGAAGACCUUGUAGCAGACGUCGACGAGCCGCCAGACCAUUCAACUCGUCGCGAUCAAGCACAGGCUGAAUUUCAAAAAUCUUUGAUCCGACCUCAGGGCGCUCGAAAGGAGUCCCUCCUAACAAAAGCAUUCCACGCUCCAGAGCAUGAAACCGAGAUUCACAAAUCCGAUAUCCACAUUACUACAGACCUGACUCGUCGGCGAUCAAUGAUGAGCAAUGCCAGCAUUGCGUCGACGGCAGAACUUACGAGUGAUGGUGGGCUUACGAGCCCUGCCAGAACUAACACACCGAGCCCUCCUUUACCAAAUACAACCUUCACGCAUUACUCCUUGGCCGCAAAAGCGGCUCCAAUGCCUGCAGCUACAAAGACUAUAGGCCACACCCCGUUAUCAGAAGUCAUGGGCGUCUCUCCCAAAGCGCAGCCAGUCGUGCAACCCGUCGUCCAGGCACCGAAGAAGAGAUGUAUCACUUUCAUGUGUGAUGGGAAGAGGGAAGCAGCUGCCAAGGCAGCCAAAGAAGCAGCUGCUCCUGUGGUAGAAAAGCCAGCCACACCACCCCCAGCAGCACCCAGAAAGUGUAUGAUCAAAUUUGCCUGUCCUGGACCAAAGCCAUCAGCCAAGCCAGCCAAGGAUGAUGCCCCCAAAAGUACUUUACAGAAAUCGUCCGAUGCUACCAAAAGAAACCCCAGUCGAUCACCGUCUCUUCCAAGGAAAUCUCCACGCCAGCCACCUCGCUCUAUUCCCAAGGACUCGAACUCAGCAGUUCGACGUGCUUCGCAAAGCCCAGUCGCAACCCGUGUCAAGCCUAGAUACAUCAUUGCUGAUGAAAAGACAAUCAAUUCAUCUGAAGCUACUCGAUUUCAUGAAUUUGCAAGCGAGGAAAUUCAAGAGGAUGACUGGAUCCUCAGGGAUGCAGAGAUCGUCAGAGCCAAGUUAACAAUUAAUGAUACAUUGAAGAAAGAGAAUGCUAUCCGUCAACUUGGAAAUGAAGCUGAGGCUGAGGCAUUGGACGAAGAAGAAGAGGAUGAGGAUGAGGAGACUCAGGACGGAAACGAUACCGAUGAUGAGAAUGAUGAGGAAGAAGAGGACGAAGACGAGGAUGAAGAUCGGAAUUCCAUCGACUACUCGGGCGAUGCGGCAUCUGAUGGAAACGAGUCAGACAACGAAGCUGGCUUUGCUGAGUCUGACGAGAGUGAUGCUGAAGGGGAGUUCUCAUUCUGGACUCCAGGCAAAAGACUGCCCGGCAGAGAAUCUAUUGAAGCCCUCAUCUACCGUCCAUCAGCUCACCGAACUGCCUCAACAUCGUCAAUCGAUUCUUUGGAUCACAUGGAGCCUGAAGCUGGCCCAAAGAAACUUCGACGUCGUCCUAUCAAGAUCCGCCCAGGAACCCCUGACCUACCUGAUAGUACCGACUUUGUCUGUGGAACCCUUGACGAGGAUCGUCCAUUGGAGGAUGCAUAUGUGUCGUGCAUGGAAGCCCGAAAACACGCAAGGCAUAAACAAACACCACAGGAUAUCGACCCUAGUUUCCCAACGUCCGAUCCCGAGGAUGAAGAAGAUGAGGACGACGCUAUCGGCACUGGUCAUGAUAGUGACGAACCUGUUUGGCUGCAUGGCAAGUUUGAAGAGUCGGAUGAUGAGCGUUUCGGUCGCCGUCGCUCAACAACGAUGCGCCGAAAGUCACCUGCUCCUUCUCCACGACGGCUCCACUCUCCCCCUCCCCCUCGGAGACAUCACUCACCCCCUCCGAAACAAAGACUUCAUUCUCCACCACCACCAAAGCAGCGUCUUCGGUCGCCUCCUCCCCGAAAGCUCUUUGGCCAUUCACCAAAACGCAUCCAUUCACCUCCACCAGCGCAAACUGUCCGAUCCCCAGCCGCUUCGCCCACGUCUGCUAAGGCCAUUGCAUUCGCACCACUUGGUUCUCGGCCAGGACUGACGCAUACCAAGUCGCUUCCACGCACGCCCAAUGCAUUUUGUCGUGCCUAUCAUGCGUCUCGUCUAAUUGCUGCCAACGGCAAUGCCACCGAAGGCAACGAGAACAUUGAUGGUCAUGUUCGUGGCGCGAUCGACAUCGUCAAGGGUCUGGAAGAAAAGCGCCAGCGUCGGAAGGAAAAAUAUCAAAAACAAUGCAAUCGUAAGAGUAAGGGUCACUCCGACCGGAGACCUCAACCCGGGAAAGGAGCCGAACGAAUGCGAGAGCUAGGACUGCUCAUGGCCGGCAAGACUGGUCAAAACGAUCCAUACAUGUUGUCUGCUUAGAAAGUCACAACGACGAUCUUAGGAGACACGGGCGUUGGAGUUGACCGCGGUCACUUUACUCGCUCAUCUCAUAUUCUUCUACUAUUCCUUUGUAAAUACUCACUUCUACUACCCCAAUACAUUACCGACGACAAUGUCUGGAAUGGGGAUGGGCCACUUGUACAUACACGCCUUUUAUUUCCUUAUCAUAUUCAUAUUUAAGAUCAUUGUUCGACUUGAUACCCAGCGCGUGCAACCUGACGAGCGAUACAGACAGUCAACAUUUGAGUCUUUCCAUGCAUGCAUACAUCGAUCCAACAUAACAUUUUCUUCUAUUCAAUUCUUCAGCGAUCUGGAGUCGUGACAGGGAUUUGUGUUCUUGGGAUCUGCAUUUGGUUCUUCUAGCGGGCUUAUCGUUGCAUUGCAUAGCGCCGGAUGCAUUUGGGAGAUGGGAGGCAGUAUGAACACUUCUGAACAAGUGAGCGAGCAAGCUUUAGGGAUGUCAAAGCUAGCAUAUGCAUAUAGCUCGGGGAUAGAGUUGCUUUUGGUCAGAGAGAGGCAAGCAUCCGCCUGGCUGUAUUUUGUUUCUCGAUGACUUUGGCUGAGCGGCUUGGGUUCCGCGAUGGGAUCUGAUAUUUAGCGAUGCACAAUAUUUACAUCUAUUUCUGAUUAUCUCCAUGUGAUACAUAUUU